UCUAUCAUAUGGAAAGUAAUGGAAUAUUGGAUCCAUCAAAUGAAGAACAUGUGUUUUCAUUGCAUUAUGUGUUUUGUCCAAUUAUUAACAGAAAUUUGGAAAUUUUCCAGGAAGGUUACAAUAGAUCUCCCAUAAGAACAGAAAGAAAUCUAUCACCUGAACAGCUAUGGAUCCAAGGAUCUUGCUUAGCCAAUAAUUCAAACGACCAUAUACAGCAGGUAAACCAAGAAUUUCCACCCACCUUUACACAAAACUACGCAUGUCAUGAAACAGAUCAGCAACAAGUGAUUGUUCCAGAAACCAACAUUCCAUUGAAUGAAAUAGAUCUUGAUGAGCUGCAAAGAACCAUUAAUCCUUUAAGGCCUUCUAAUCAUAAUGGUGCUGACAUAUACAUUGAGGUGCUUCAGUUUAUAAAUACCAGACUGCACCAGGAAGACGAGUGACAUUGUGAACUCACAAAACAAGAAAAGCUACUUGACCUAUUGUUCAUUGGUGUCAAUUCAGAUAAUACAAAAGAAGAUAUGUAUGGCAACAAAGGCUAUAAAUUUUGCAUUAUGUUGAUUAUUUCAACAUUUUAGCAGAAAAUGUUUUUUAGCACAUAAAUGCUGAUGCACUGACAUAACAAAAUUUAAUGAAACAUUAACAUAUUCACUUUAAGUCUUUAACUAUAAAAAUGAUAUCAAAAACAAAGAAUAAAAAUAUUUCAAUUUAGUGCAUCAUCCAUAUUAGCUGUAACAAGCUAUGUUAUUGCUGAAAGAAAUGUAUAAACUGUUCCAAGAUCAAA